ACAAACAAGAGUCCUAGACGGAUUAUUUUCUUGAAAAAUACUACAAAACGAUAGUUAUAUAAUGGAUAAAUACGAAAAUAUGUUCAAUACUAUAUGUAGACUGUGUUUAAGCCAGAAUAGUGAUAGUAAAAUGGUGUCUUUAAUUGAUAAUUCGAGUGAAGAUGGACUCAGUUGUUUCGGCAAAUCUGUUUCGAUAGUGACCAAUGUUUUGUUGCAAAAGGACGAUAAACUACCUACAAUGAUGUGCCAAAAGUGUGCUUAUCUACUAAAACAAACUAUUUACUUCAAAUUGAAGUGUGAAUCGACGGAUAAACAGUUGAAACGACUCGUCAAGAAGAGCGUAAAUAGUGACUCUUCAGAUCCAAAUUACAAGGAAAUUGUGUGCGAAUACGUGAUGUUUAAUCAAUAUUUUCCAUCUGAAAUUAGUACUAAACGUACCAAACAGAAUAGCAAACCUAAUCGAAAAUUAAAAACGAAUAAUUUCAAACACAAAAGCCUUCAUCAAAAUUCCAUUGAAAAAUCCCAAUUAGACAACAAUUAUGCUGACAAUGUGUACGAUUUUGACGAUUUUAUUGACAAUGAAGACAAUAAAAACAAUUUUGGUGACCAACAAGAUGAAUACUCAAAAGAAAUCAACAAUAUUUUGGACUCAAUAGAAAUUUUAACAAAGUCGGACACCACUAUGCCUACUACACAGCGCUCAAAACGUAAAUUGAAAAGAGAACAAAGAUUCAAAUCUGUACGGAAAAUGGAACGUAACUUAAUGUGUAAGCUAUGUCAUAAGAUCCUGGCAAACCGAAUGACAUAUGACCAUCAUAUGCAAAGACAUAAUAACUGUCGAUUAAUCUGUGAGCAAUGUGGUAAAGGAUUUCCUAUCCUCACCGAGCUACACAUGCAUCAAGUAGCCCGUCACGGCGUUGGCCCGUACCUAGAAUGCGACCACUGUCAGUACAAAGCUCCUAGAAAACUAGACUUAAUAGAACAUUUACGAAUUCAUACCGGAGAACGACCGUUUACAUGUGACACGUGCGGAUUAACGUUCCGUCGAAAAGCUAUAUGGAGGAAUCAUUUAAUCUGUCAUAUGGAAAAGCAGGUCCAAUGUACGUACUGUCCGAGGAAGUUUUACCGCCAUGCGUCAAUGUUGGCACACUGUAAUAACGUACAUGAACGGGUGUACAUGUAUAUCUGUAGUGUUUGCGGUGUGACUUAUACGAAAACAGAGACAGUGAAACGCCAUAUGCUUGUCAAACACGGUAUUCCUAGGGAAAAGCAAGGUAAAAUACCGAGGAUUAUAAGUGGUAUGAAUACCACCCAGUUUCCUAGUAAAGCAGUUUAAAUGAUAUGUAGAGAAAAUUGAUAUUAAGUUACAUCAACUGUUUUGUUGAAAUACAAUCUUUAUGAUGUUGAAAUUAAGUUUCAAUUUUGGUUUACACAGAUAGUUACUGUAAAUGAUAAUUUUGUAUUAUUAUACCAAGAUUUAUUGGGUUGUUUUCUUUUUUUAUUUUAUAAAUUAAAUGAUACUCACCUAGACUGAUAGUAGUUAAGUUACAUAAGCUCUUUUGUUGAAAUCCAUACUCUGUGGUGUUAAAUUUAAGUGUGGGAGAGCCAUGCUUCGGCACGAAUGGGCCGGCUCGACCGGAGUGAUACCACGGCCUCACAGAAAACCGACGUGAAACAACGCUUGCGUUGUGUUUGGUUGUGUGAGUGAGGUUACCGGAGGCCCAAUUCCCCCUUCCCAAUCUUCCCCAUCCCCGAUUCCCGAACAUAAAUUCCUAACUCCCAAAAAGCCGGCAACGCACUUGUAACGCCUUUGGUGUUUCAAGUGUCCAUGGGCGGCGGCGAUUGCUUACCAUCAGGUAAUACGUCUGCUCGAUUGCCGGCUUGUUCCAUAAAAAAAAAAAAAAAAAAAAAAAAAAAAAAAAAAAAUGAAGAUUCAAUUUUGAUUUAACUACACAAAUGCUGUAAAAAUACAUAACAUUUUUUUUUUAUUAAACCUUGAAAAGUGA